AUGACCCGAUUAUUCCCAUGUCACAAAGAUGUCAAUGCUAUCCAACUUGGUAACUGGUUUGCACGUGAGAUCAUUGCCGUAUUCGGUGCUCCUUCAUCUAUAGUAUCUGACAGAGAUCCAAAGUUUACAUCUGAUUUAUGGACAUCUGCUAUGAAAGCUAUUGGAACAGAACUAAAGAUGACACAACCAGGUCGUGCACAAGCAGAUGGUCAAACAGAACGCACCAACAGAUCCAUACUUAGAAUACUGUAUGGUUAUGAACCAAAGUUACCAUGGAACGCCAACUACUUUGGUAUCAGAGAAUAUAUAGACUGUCAAAAUCAGUAUAGAUUGGAGGCAAAGAACAACGCGCUGGACUCUCAACUACAACAAGCAAAACAGCAUGACAAGAUCCGACUUGCCAGACUCGAACUAGCAACCUUUUGA